CGCCGUGGGUUAUAGAUCAGAUACACGGCGCUCUGCAGGCUCAUUCUUGUUCCGUGCAGCAAUGGCGUAUCAGGGGCAGCAUCCAGGAGGGGGCUAUUACCAAGGAGGGUAUGGCGGAGCCCCCGGAGGUCCUGCAUACGGACAACAGCAAGACCCCUUGUAUGGCUACUUUGCAUCUGUUGCAGGCCAGGAUGGCCAGAUAGAUGCUGAUGAGCUACAGCGAUGCCUUACACAAUCAGGGCUGUCUGGUGGAUACAAACCUUUUAGCCUGGAAUCAUGCCGUCUUAUGAUCUCUAUGCUGGAUAGGGAUAUGUCUGGCAAAAUGGGCUUUAAUGAAUUUAAAGAGCUGGGGAUGGUAAUAAAUGGUUGGAGACAGCACUUCAUGACGUUUGAUUCCGAUAGGAGUGGCACAGUUGAGGGACAUGAACUUCAUGCUGCCUUAGGCGCAAUGGGGUAUAGGUUGAGCCCUCAGGCCCUGAAUAAUAUAGCAAAAAGAUACAGCACCAGUGGAAGAAUCACCUUCGAUGAUUACAUUACCUGCUGUGUGAAACUGCGAGCUCUGACAGACAUGUUUAGAAGGAGGGAUGUUUCCCAACAGGGUGUAGUGAACUUCCAGUACGAUGAUUUCAUUCAGAGUGUCAUGGCCAUAUGAAAUGAAGGCUUAGAAGAGAAUAACCUGCUGCACAUCCUGCUUAACCAUGCCCCAUUACACAAGCAAAAUCAUUUGUGUGUCAUAUUGUUUUCAUAUUGAUAUGUUUUUCAUUUCUUGUCAUUUUUUUAAAUAAAAUGCAGUUUGGUUAUC